UUCAAUUUUAUUUCUAGUUCCCAAUUGUUCUCUUGCACUAUCAUUUUUCACUCUCUCUCUUUCUUUCUUACUCUAUUAUGAAACUGCUCUUCCCCUUGGAAUUAGGAAAAUAUCAUUGUACUAAUUGUGGUAUAAUUGCAAUGAGGUUUUUCUUUGUUUAUGAUUCCGCAAACUUUUGAGCAUAAAUUGUAUUUGAGCUAAAUAUGUCAUGAUAAAGGGUAAUUUUAUCAUAUCACCCUUUAAAUAUAAUUAAUUUAAUGCUUAGAGAAAUGUGUUUGAUAAUGACGGUAAUUAAUAUCUAAGGAUAAAAGAAUAAAUUAUUCAUUGAUUUUACAAACUAAACAAAUAUUGAUGGACACAUAUUUUAAAUAUAUGAAAUAAAGGCUUUGGUCUCUUCUCACAAUUAAUUUCACCUUAAUUACUAUUUCCUCGAGUCUACAUUAAGCAGUUAUGAUUUUUUUUCAUAAUUCAAAAUAAGUGAAUUUUUCAAAGUUCAAAAAGAUUCUUUUUCAUGUUAUACCCUUCUGAGGUUCUUAACUAAUAAUGGAGAGUAGUCUAUAAUUUAUAUCCUUAAAUGGUUUUCUUAAGAUAUGUUAUACCCAAUAAUUCACUUAUUAUUAUAGGGAGUCGUGUGCUAGCGUUUUUCUUUCGUUAAGCUACAACAUUUAUUUGUUGAUUCAGUCCACACUUCUUGAUCUUAUGUGUUGUUAAAAUUUGUAGUCACCAUAUGAAGAAAACGGAUUAGUGAUUUGAGGUUUAAUAAUGAUUGUUAUUAGGGAGAAUGGAGUUGACUAUAUGUAUAUAUCAAGAUCUAAAAGUCAUUAGGAGCGGUGUAGCACAUUACACCUAAUACUCUUUUAUGAUACAAAAGCUUUCUUUUCCCAACAUUAUGUGCAGUAGUUUCAAUCAAAGGCAAUGAACCAGUACCAGCGAGGCGGAUCUCUGAUGUACUCGAUCAAGCUAACAUUUUUUUUUUUAGAAUUUUGGUCCUAAAAUGGAAAUAAUGAUUAGUUAUGAGAUAAAUAGAUUCAAGAAAAUAAGGAGUGGAUGUUUGGGUUAUAUUGAGGCGAAUUCGGUUACAACCCGUUAUUUUACACAUUUUGACUCAACUUGAAUUGACCCCAGCAAAUUUUGGAACUCAAUAUGUCAACUGCAAAUUCUGAUGCAACUGAUCAAGAAAAUGAACUAUUGGCUGAGGUUGAUCCAUCUGGGAGGUUUGGACGGUACAAGGAGCUGCUUGGCCAUGGUGCAGUGAAGAUGGUAUAUAGGGCAUUUGAUCUUGAGGAAGGCAGAGACGUAGCCUGGAAUCAGAUUAGAUUGAACAAAUUCAGUGGCAGUCCUUUCAUCAUUAAUAAGAUCCAUUCUGAAAUCGAGUUGCUGAAGAACUUGAAGAAUGACAACAUCAUUGUCAUGUACCAAUUCUGGAAAGACUAUGACCAUAACAUUCUGAAUUUCAUAACUGAGGCAUGUGCCUCUGGUAAUUUGAGGGAAUACAGGAAGAAGCAUCGGCAUGUUUCAAUCAAGGCCUUGAAGAAGUGGUCAAGACAGAUAUUACAAGGAUUGGAUUUUCUCCAUACUCAUGAUCCUUGUGUUAUUCAUAGAGACCUCAAUUGCAGUAACAUCUUUAUUAAUGGCAAUGUUGGAAAGGUAUGAACUCAGUCGAUAUUGACUUGCUAUUUCUCUGCUAUAGACAUAAGAAUGCACCCUCAGCGGCUGAAUUGUUGAAGGAUCCAUUCCUUUCCGAUUACGAUGAGAAUGAUCUUGAUACUUGAUGCAUUUUGUUCAAGUUCUGCUAGCUCGUUGAGUACUUUUCAUUGUAGCUCAAUUUUAUUAUGGAUGAUUCUAUUCUUGAUCAUGCAAAGAACAAAAGUCAAGUCUCAGUAUCUCUUUUAUAUCACUAUUAAGCUCCAGAUAAUUGCCUUCUAGCUCUUACUAUAAGAGUUAAAGAGUGUAAUAUAGUAAUUCCUUAAGUGUUUAGUCUGAACUUUAGUAAGUUGAAUAUGUUUGAUACUAUGAGAUUAAAAUUAUAGAUUCUUGAAUUACGAUUUUUA